AUGACAACAGCAGCAGUACGGAUAUCACCGCCAGGAAAGGACCAACAACUUCUUGGACGCCUGGCCCAACGCUGCACCUUGCCUUACUCGUACCAUUGCCCGGUUCGCCAGAUUCUGGCUCAAGUGACUUGCUCAUCUGCUCGCCGGCCGGACCAGCCGCUGCUGCCAGCCGGCCAGGCCUACUCGCUAUCUGUCCCAAGAUAUGUAGUCCAAUCCGAUCCAAUUCAUCCCACCCCAAUGACGCCUCUGCCCCCCAACACCCAACCACCACAGACAACAGUCCAAGACCUAGGGGUGACGCCAGAGACACAGCAUCUUGCAGAAUCUACCCAGAUACACAUGGCCUUCGCCGAUGUCACCACCCAUCACCCAGGUGUCUGCCGAGGGGGGUGAGUGGAAGGGUGGGUGUUGCGAGAAGUCUGAUACGAAUACCAGAGAUACGACACCUCACCUCACGUCUUGUUGGAAGAUGAUAAAGCAACCUGCUUCGUACGCAAUGCAUGGCCUGUGCAUCGACGGGUGCUUCGUCCACGAAGACAAUGCCGGAGGGUGGGGGGUGAAACCGCAGCGACUGACGAAUCUGCGAAACCAAUGGCGACGCCAACAAUCGCGGAUAGACAAGACACCAAAAACCCCCAAUAGAGAAUUGCUGGGUCUGGGCCAUCCCAAUCGAC